AUGGAGAACGCGCGUGUGUUGCGCUCGGGCAAGUCCACGCCCUCGCGGGAAGAGACGCCAUCGUCAGGGCAGACCACGACCCACGAGACCAACACAUGGAGCAGAGGCACCGGCGUUGAAGACACGACGGAGAGCAGCACGCGUACCGACGCUAGGGCCAAACUAAAUUCAGUACCCGCACAAAUCGACAACGUAGUCGAAAAUGUAGGAAGUGCGCCGGGCACUAUAGUUAACGUCCCCGGGGACAGAGCAAGCAGCAAAUUAUCCGCGUUGCAGGCCGAAUUAGAGUAUCACAACUCCGAACUAGCACGGGCUAGGGCGGCGUCCGCAGCUGCCAUGAGUCGGCUGGAAAUAGCUAGGAUAGAGCUAGGAGAAUCCACCGACGCGGACCAGCCACCCAGAUCGAAUAAAACCCGAGUUGAAGGCUGGAUCUCGGAGCAAUGUGUUAGGCCGUCAACAAGCGCUCAAAACCCGGGACGAGACCCGCAUCCGACCGAAAACAUCGAACCGCGCGCCGGUAACACGUCGCUUAGCGACAUGACAUUGCUAGCCAACGCGAUAGUUCAAGCGGUCAAUUCGAGUAGGUCGGAAGCGACGCCUAAAUUCAUUCAUGAGUUGCCCCACUUCGACGGAACAAUUACGGAGUGGAUGGCGUUUAAAUCCGUUUUUAAUGACACCGCGGAUAUGUUCUCGGACGUUCAAAAUGUAGCUAGGUUAAGAAAAGCAUUAAGAGGCGCGGCCCGCGAAACAGUUAGAGCUUUGCUAUACACAGUAUCGGACCCGUACGAAAUAAUAGAUACGCUAGAACGGCGAUACGGCAGGCCAGAACUACUUAUUCUCUCCGAAAUCGAAAACAUAAAACGUUUACCCCGUAUGACGGAAGACGGGCGCAAUGUUAGUAGUUUCGCGAGUAAAAUAUCAAACACGGUAGCGGCCAUAAAGUCACUUAACCAGCCACAAUAUUUGUAUUCUCCCGAGUUAGUGGGUCGAAUAGUCGACAAGUUAAAUAUUAUUUUAAAAUAUAAGUGGUACGAGUUCAAAUCUGAACGACCCGGAGCACCGGAGCUCGAAUUAAUGGCUAGAUUUUUAAAUAUUAUGGCGGAUCAGUGCGGCGCGAUGUUCGCGUACGAAACGGCUAGGGAGGAAAGGAGAAGCAAGAUGAAACCUCGCGCGGUAAACACGACUCGCACACGGACUCAUAGAUCGACGCGUUAUGAUAGCGAUAGUUCCUGUGAUAGAUCAGAUUGCGAAGUCACGUACGAGCCGCGUAAUACCGUAGCAGCCGCGUUCAAACCCUCAGCUAAAAAGGCCGAACCAUUCAGGCCGAAGCAUCGCACGCCGCGCCCCGCGACAGAGGCGCCACGCUCCGCGACGGAAGCGCCGUCAAACUCGUCCAAUAGAAAUAAUUGUCCCGUAUGUUCAGGCUCCCAUACGACUAUUAAUUGUGCAGAUUUUAUUAAACUUAGCGUAUCGGAAAGAUGGGACGCAGCUAAAAAUAGUAAACUUUGCUUUAGAUGUCUUAAUAACUCGCACGGGCGAACUUUCAGAUGUAAAUAUAUUCCGUGCGGUAUAAACGGUUGCGAAGCGUCUCAUAAUAAGCUAUUACACGGUAGCGGCAGUGCAGCGCCGCCCGCAAGCGGCAAUGUUAGCUCAAUAAAUCACGUUCGUGCGUCAAACACCUACCUCAAAGUAGUGCCGGUUGAGAUAAGUGGCCCAGUGGGCACCACCGCUACAUACGCCUUGCUGGACGAGGGCUCUACAUUGACCCUAGUUGAGCGUACGGUAGCGGACAGUGUAGCACCCAGGGGUCGCAGCCAGCUACUUAAGUUGGAAGGGGUAGGCGGUAACCAAAUUGACGACCACGAAUCGUGCAACAUAUCGCUAACAAUCCGCGGCGCGUGUAGUCGAAAUCUAGAAAAAAUGAACGCAAGCACGAUUAGUAAUUUGAACCUUACGCCGCAGUCCGUAAGCAAGGACCUAGUUAGACAGUGCAGCCACCUAGCGGAAUUAGAAGACGAACUGUGUUACGAGCAGGCUAAACCUACGAUACUCAUCGGCCAAGAUAACUGGCACUUAAUUACGUCUCGACAAUUACGUAUCGGAAAUAAGGGCCAGCCAGUGGCGUCGUUAACUAAAUUAGGAUGGGUCCUGCACGGGCAGGACGCAAGCUCGCGUAAUUUAAAUAAUAUUCAGUUCAUAAGUCACGUAAGAACGUCGCAGUCCGAGGAUCCCGCGUUAGAAUUGAUAAGGAAUUAUUUUAGCAUAGAAUCGUUAGGUAUAGAGCCGCGUAAACCUAAAGCGGAUCCGGACGAGCGCGCGUUAACUGUCUUAAAUAGAACUUGCAAUAAAAUGAACGAUUGCGAUCGGUAUGAGUCAGGCUUAUUGUGGAAAACCGACAAUGAAGUAAUGCCGGACAAUAAGAAACAAGCUCUAAGCCGUCUGUACAAUCUAGAGAACAAAUUAGAUAAAAACUUAAACUUAAAAAUAGAGUAUUCGAAACAAGUAAAUAACUUGCUAAGUUCGGGUUACGCAGAACUAGUGAGCACCCCAGCCACAUCACCUCGCACCUGGUACUUACCUCAUUUUUCAGUGGUUCAUCCCCAAAAAGGUAAGGUGCGACUGGUUUUUGACGCUGCGGCUAAAUAUGGGGGAAAAUGUUUGAAUGAUGCGCUACUAACCGGGCCCGACUUAUUGCAGUCGCUUUUCGGCGUUUUAGUUAGGUUCCGCGAAGGAAAAGUAGCAGUAGUAGCGGACAUCAAAGAGAUGUUCUUACAAAUAAAAGUGAUUGAGUCGGAUCGCGACAGCCUUCGUUUUCUGUGGCGAGGCGACGAUAGAAACAUCCCCCCGCGAGAAUACCGUAUGACCUCGCUUAUUUUUGGGGCAGCCUCAUCGCCGUGCGUGGCCAUUCAUGUUAAAAAUAAAAACGCGCAAAACUUUAGUUCAGAGUACCCGAAGGUAGCUAAAGCUGCGGAACGGAACUUUUAUAUGGACGAUUACUUGGACUCAUUCGACGACGCGGACGAAGCCAGGCAAGCGGUCAAUGCCAUGUAUAGGAUUAACUUAGGCGCUUCGUUCGAGUUACGCGGUUGGGCGUCGAAUGUGCCCGAAGUAAUAAAAGACGUUUCCGAUAAGCGAAUUAGCGGCGCGACGACUUUAGGAAAAAGCGAUACAGAGAGGACUUUAGGUCUCAUUUGGAACCACGCUCGCGACACUCUAGGAUUUAACGUGAACCUCAGAAACACGCCAUCUAGUGUAAUUUCAGGGGAAAUUUUACCCACCAAGAGGCAAGUCACUAGCGCCGUCAUGUCGGUUUUCGACCCGUUAGGAUUAGUUUCGCCGGUAACUAUGGUAGGUAAGUGCCUCAUUCAGGAAAUAUGGCGUAGUGGCGUAGGUUGGGACGAUCCUAUAACUAAGGAACACCACAUUACGUGGAUGUCGUUCAUUAAUAAUUUAAACUUGCUGAGGACUUUCGAAAUAGAAAGAUACGUACCUGCCCCGCCCUCUGGCGAGGGGGAGUUACACAUAUUUUGCGAUGCUAGCGAAAAAGUUUAUUCGGCCGCAGUUUAUUUCGUUAGCAUGAAUAAUAACACAAAGACGGCUAGAUUAGUUACGGGAAAGGCGAAAGUAGCGCCGUUAAAACCAAUUUCGAUACCGCGAUUAGAGUUGCAAGCCGCGGUUCUUGGUUCCCGCUUAGCAGAGUCAGUAAAACGGGAAUCUGACUACAAAAUUACAAAGUCGUAUUACUGGUCGGAUUCAAAAACGGUAUUAGCUUGGAUUAGGUCCGAUCCGCGUACUUUCAAGUCGUUUGUCGCGCACCGGCUAGCCGAGAUCGAAAGUACAACGACCCCGGCCGACUGGCGAUGGGUGCCGAGCGCCGACAACGUCGCGGACGACGCUACCAAGGGCAUUCCGGUGAAUUUUAGUUCGACACACAGAUGGUUUACAGGACCUAGCUUUAUUUUAGACGACCCCGCGACAUGGCCGUGCGAAAAGCGGACCGCGGCUCCCUUACCCCCUUCAGGGGAGGAGAGAAUAAUUAAGCAGGUUCACGUCUGUGUAGACCAUGUAAAUAACGAUUACUUGCCUAAAGUUGAAAGGUUUUCGAAGUAUAAGCGCCUGGUACGCGCUGCUGCCACCGUCUUGCUCUCGGCUGAGGCAUUUAAAGCCAAAUUGCUCAAGAGAAAAGUAAAUACGGAUAUCUCUCCUGAUCACAUCAGACUAGCAGAAUUACUGCUUAUCAAGAGGAGUCAGAACAUCUCGUUCGCGGACGAUAUAAAGACGAUAGAGGCUGGGCAACGACCUCCGAAGAGGUCCCCCUUUCACAAACUUGCUGUGAAACUCGACCGCAGCGGGAUAUUAUACCUCGAUAGCAGAGUUAAGGAAGAAUAUAAUCUGCCUGUCCUACAUGCGAAGGAAGAAUUUACCCGACUGUUAGUGCAUCACACGCACGCAGUAUUUAACCACGGCAAUCACCAAACCGUGAUGAACGAGCUCCGACAGCGCUACCACAUAAUUGGACUACGCAGCAUCCUUCGCUAUAUAUGCAACAAGUGUCAAUGGUGUAGAACCUACAGGGGAACUCCCUCUAAAAUUCCUCUGGGUGACUUACCUCCUGAAAGACUGGCCCACAAUCAGCCGCCGUUCACAGCCUUGGCGGUUGACUAUUUUGGCCCAAUGCAAGUCACGAUCGGGCGAAGACACGAGAAGCGGUGGGGCGCACUUUACACGUGCCUCACCACUCGGGCCGUGCAUCUGGAGCUGGUGCCUUCCCUAUCUGCAUCCUCCAUGAUCAUGAGCUUGCGCCGAAUGAUGUCCCGCCGUGGCACUCCAACGGUCAUAUAUAGCGACAACGGAACCAACUUCGUGGGCGCCGAGAAAGAAGUAACGGAAGCUCUUCAGCAAAAUGACGACGCGAUGAAGGUCUUCGCCUCCGGAAAACAGAUAAUUUGGAAAAGAAUACCCCCUGGGGCCCCGAACAUGGGCGGCGCCUGGGAGAGAUUAGUGAGAUCUGUGAAGGCGGCAUUACGAGUCACCUUAACAGAAAAGACGCCCCCAGAUGAAGUGUUGCAUACGCUGUUGCUGGAAGCAGAACAUGUCAUAAAUACGAGACCGUUAACACCAGUAAAUCCUGAUCUAAACGAGGAAUCACUGACCCCAAAUCACUUCCUAAUUGGGAGGUCAAGCGGGAUGAUACCUUUCGGCUCGUAUAAAGACUACACAGCAGACAGUCGCUCGUGGAAAGCUGCGCAAAAGUUGGCCGAAGCGUUCUGGGCUCGAUGGGUAGCAGAGUACAAACCCCAAUUGAUGCCUCGGCUCGGCAACCCGCAGCACAGCAACCUCAACCCCGGAGACAUCGUUAUAAUAUGUGAUAGAACGAUGCCCCGUGGAAUAUGGCCUAGAGGUGAAAUAAUAACGACUUUCCCAGGUCCAGACGGGCGGGUUAGAGUAGCAGAAGUCCGUACAGCCGCCGGACUAAUUCGUCGCCCAGCUUCUCGUCUGAUUCUCGUAAGCAGCCAGGAAUAAAACGUUUCGGUGCUUGCGCACGAGGGGGAGACUGUAAAUAAUAGCUUAGUUUUAUUCCCUCUUUUUUACUUAUUUUAUA